CUCAAAUUACCUACAUAAGGAGAGCCUUGUCAUGCGAUGUAGCUCAUACAAGCCUCCAGCAGGAUUUCUUCCCUAAACCCAACACGCAAUGCCAUCAAAACCUUUCGAGCUACCGUCGGUGGGUAAGGAGGAGAAACGAGACUCUGCCUCUGUCUCUACUAUGCACGAAUCUCACUCGGAGUCGUACGAAAACAACAGAGAUGCAUCUGUCGACAACCGUCCCUUGACGACACCAACCUCGAAAAACGACCCCGACCCCGCCGAAGCGCAGUAUAACCCAGGCUCCCCCGCUUUCUGGCUUGUAAUCGCUUCCGCGUACCUAUCUUUUUUCCUUGUCGCACUAGACAGGUCGAUUAUUGCGACUGCUAUUCCUGCUAUCACGAACACCUUCAACUCGAUCGAAGACAUCGGCUGGUAUGGCAGCGCGUACAUGCUCACUUGCGCGAUCUUCAAUCCGCUCUUCGGCAAGGUUUAUCAGUUAUAUGAUACUAAGCGGACAUUUCUUGUAUCAAUCGUAAUUUUUGAAGUCGGAAGUGCACUGUGUGGUGCGGCACCGAGUAGUCCUGCGCUCAUCAUCGGACGCGCCAUUGCUGGAAUCGGAGCAGCGGGCAUUGGAUGUGGAGCCAUCAUGAUCACAGUUUUUCUGGUUCCUCUUCGCAAAAGGCCAAUAUACACCUCAUUUUUCGGCCUUGCGUUUGGCGUGUCAUCGGUGUUGGGCCCUCUAAUCGGUGGCUCGUUCACGGACUCCCCACACUUGACAUGGCGAUGGUGUUUCUACAUCAACUUACCAAUCGGAGCGUUUGCAUUGGUCUGCGCUCUUGUCUUAUUGCAUCUUCCCGCAGCGCGAAAGGAAAAGAUGCCCAUCAUCGCCCAAAUCAAAAGCCUGGACCCUCUCGGCCUCCUUUUCUUCAUCCCGUCCAUGGUUUGCCUAAUCCUUGCCCUUCAGUGGGGAGGUACAACAUAUCCGUGGUCUGCACCAAAGGUCAUCGGCCUACUCGUCACCUUUGCUGUUACAUUCCUCGCGUUCUUAGCCGUGGAAUGGAAAAUGCCAGACACCGCUCUGGCUCCCCCACGUAUCGUGCUCAAUCGGUCGGUCGGUGGCUCUAUGAUCUUCGUCUUCUUUUUAGGCGGCGGGAUGAUGAGUGCUGUGUAUUACCUCUCAAUAUGGUUCCAAGCUGCACAAGGUCAAUCUGCCAUGGAGGCUGGUAUUCGAACCAUACCGAUGGUCUUGUCACUCGUUCUCUUUGGCAUUCUGAACGCUGUUUUUACGCAAAAGAUCGGCUAUUACGUCCCUGCGAUGCUUGCUUCACCCGUCAUUGCCUCAGUAGCAGCUGGAUUGCUAUCAACGCUCACACCAGGUGUUGGUAGUGCAAAGUGGAUCGGGUAUCAGAUCCUCUAUGGCGUGGGAUUAGGUUUUGGCGCUCAAACUGCCAACCUCGCGGUUCAGACCGUCCUAGUACGCAAAGACGUUGCGAUCGGUACUGCGAUGAUGUUCUUUAUGCAGCAGCUCGGCGGCUCUGUCUUCCUUGCUGUUGGGCAGAAUAUAUUUUCAAGACAGCUGGUAAAGGAGCUGUCCGGCAUAGCUGAGCUGGAUACCAAGGCUAUUGUCAACACUGGAGUAACAGAUCUUCGAAAAGUGGUGCCAGCAAACGAGAUCGAUACAGUCAUCAACGCGUACAGUUAUUCGUUAACCCGCGUAUUCAUUUUGUCUGCGGCAGUAGGUGCUACGAUGAUUCUUGGUUCGUUGAUGCUGGAGUGGAGGAGUAUUAAGAAAGGUGAGGCUCCGAAAGCCAGUGAGGCUGAUGUGGAG